AUGGAGUGCGAGAGGUGCCAGUGCCACAGCCAGGACAGGCACACCGCCAUCCUCUACACCCUGCUCAGCCAGAACCUCAGCCGGGCCCCGCAGGGCUGCCUGUGCCAGCAGCGCCGCACCGUCUGCCUCCGCACCCCGCGUGCCACCUGCCAGGCCGCCUCCAACGUCCUGGUCAAAACCAUCAGCUUCAUCGGGAACCUCCCUUCCUUCCACCUGCUGCCAAGAGAGGACCAGCUCCUGCUGCUGGACAGCUGCUGGGUCCCCCUCUUCCUGCUGGGGCUGGUGCAGGAGAUGGUGACCUUCGAGGUGAUGGAGACCCCAGCCCCCAGCAUGCUCAAGAAGAUCCUCCUGGAUGGGCAGCGCCAGCGGCAGGAGCCGGAGCGGACGCAGCCCACGCUGGCUGCCGUGCAGCGGCUGCAGUGCUGCCUCAACACCUUCUGGAGCCUGGACCUGAGCCCCAAGGAAUAUGCCUACCUGAAGGGAGCCAUCCUCUUCAAUCCUGAUGUCCCUGGGCUCAGGGCCUCGCUGUACAUCGAGGGGCUGCAGCGGGAAGCGCAGAGGGCGCUGCAGGAGGUGCUGCAGCCGCUGCACCCCGAGGACCAGGGCCGCUUCGCUCGCCUGCUGCUGGUGGCUUCCACCCUCAAGUCGAUGCCUCCUGCCCUCAUCACCAACCUCUUCUUCCGCCCUGUCAUCGGCAACGCCGACAUCGUGGAGCUGAUCGCGGAGAUGCUCUACGAAAUCGCCGGGGGGCAGCUGGCCCCCAGCCUGCCCGGGGCCUGCUGA